AAAGGUCCAUGUGUCCACGCUUGUCCCCGCUCUCUCCCAUUGCCCCCUCCUCGCGCCACAGGCCCACAUACUGGCCGAUACCCAUCUGCUACCCCUCUUCCAGACCGUCCACAACACAUGCAAACGGACUGCAUGCCCUCAAUGUCUCUCCCCAGUAUCCACGAGAUGUUCCCCGAGCAUCUCAUGCGCCCAACACCCUAUACCGCGUCUCCACCGACGCCUCAGCACGAAUUGACGCAUUCAUACACCACGUCUCCCAUUAUCUCUCAUCGACGCCUAAGCCUGAGCAGCCCUAGACAGACAGCGUCCUAUCCUUACCCUCCCCGCGUGCAUCAGAUUCAAGAACCUCGCUCACACACGGACCGCGGUCACAUUCAUCUUGUUAAUGAUGGCCCCCGUUCUGCGCCCACGGCCCCCUACCGGAUCGAGAUACCACCCGCGCCCCAGUCGCCGGUCCGUUCGCGCCAGCGGUCUGCAUCCACAGCGUCGCACGGAUAUUCUCUCCGCUCCGCAGCGCGGCCCACUCGAAGUCACUCCGAGGACUAUCCAGAGGAGCCACGCCGCGACGCUGGCUGCUCGUCGAUGAUCUUCUCUGUUUCCGGCUACACCGCCCGGGACGCCCCCUCCGCCGGCCACCGCGAGGACGGCAUCUCGGCGAGUGACGAGGAGGACAUGGGCGGGGACAGUACCAAGAAGCACGUCUGCACCACGUGCAAUAAGCGGUUCAACCGCCCAAGCAGCCUGCGCAUCCAUCUCAACACCCACACCGGCGCGACACCUUUCCGCUGCCCGUGGCCGCAUUGCGGGCGGGAGUUCAACGUGAACUCGAACAUGCGCCGCCAUCUCCGCAAUCAUACGGCAGUGCGUCCUGGGCAGACGCCGCCGCCGCCCAAACCGUAUUCACCACCGGUGUAUCUGCACUCGCCACCCCAGCCGGCGCUUUCGCCGCCUGAAUCGAAUGAGGAGGACUCGGACGAUGAGGAUGAGGUACCAGAGCCGGCCUACUCGCAGCGACGGUCGAGUUUCGACUACGAGAGCUCUAGGUACGAGAAGCCGCGGGACGACCGCUACGGGUAUGAGCUCUAUCGCAUGAGCUACUCGCACGUACGCGCCCCCUCCCGCUCGGUUUCCCCAGCCUCCUCCGCCUCCUCGUUCUCGCCGCGCCUCAUCCCCAUAUCCAGCGCGCGCGAUCCGUACUAGUACCAAUACGCUUCUUCCAGUCGACCUCAAUUAGCCUUAGCUGUCGGUGUUGCUCUUGCUUUCCGCCGUAGACUCAGACCCCCACUUCUAUGCCGCUUUUCUUUCUCCGCUUCUCUAGGGACGUCCGCUUCCGCUUACGAUGGUCAUGACCCUCUUCUUGGAUAUUCUUGUUUAUGUAUUCUUGCACCCUGUACUUGUACGAUAUCUAGAUAUACCUUGCUCAGCACACCGUCGUCUGGGGAAUACGGAGUUGGCGCAUGCGCCGUUGUCGAGCUCACUGUAGUAUACACAAUCGAGCAUAUGUAUCAUGGCU